AGACGAAUGUUACAGUCACCAUAAGGCGGCUGAUGAAGCACAACGUGGAGUUGAUUAUUAUUUAAUUUAAUUGGCGAAGGAUAAAACAUAAUUAGUUGAAGAUUGUAGAGGUUUAUGUCAACAACGAGGCGAUUUAGGGGGAAUUGUCUGAUGUCUGGGAUUAGCAGUAAAUUGCAUAAAUUGAAUACUGGACUGGUGACGUCCUGUGUUGUGGGACUCGCGUUGUCGUAUUAUUCGUACAUCGUGGAAACAGCUAAGGAACAGGAUGAGAACUACGAGGCCAUGUGCGAUAUCAGUGAGCAUGUCAGCUGCACCAAGGCCUUCAUGUCUGAAUAUGGAAAGGGGUUCGGUCUAAUUCCAGAAUCAUCUAUUUUCUACUUGCCUAACUGUCUCUACGGACUAGGAUUUUAUGCAAUUAUCGCAAUAAUAAGUGUUUUUAAUAAGUUCAGCUACACGGUUGUCCUCCUGAGUCUAUCCAUAGGCAGCUGUCUCUCCUCGGUGUACCUCGCCUGGGUACUUUACAUAUUAAACUCAGUGUGUGUCGUAUGUGUCAGCACGUACGUAGUGAAUGCUGUUAUUCUCGUGCUGAGCUAUCGAAAAUUGCGAAUAUUGACGCGACCCGUCCCAUCCGCUUACUCGCAAAAGUCAAACAGGCGGAAGAGACACUGAAAAUUUUCACAAGUGCAUCGAUCACUGUAAAUUUUCCAACGAAAUAAAUUCAAAAUCAACAAUA